AUGGCGGCGGAAAAUGGCCGGCAUGAUGUCACUUUUUCUCCUUCAUUUGUUCCCGCCACAUUUAUCUACCAUGUAAUGGUAAAAGUCAAUUUGUUCGUGAAGCGGUUCAAUUUAGAGACACGCCAACGGACGGGACCAGAGUUCACGACAUUAAAACCUACUUUAAUCUAUCUAUCUAUCUAUCUAUCUAUCUAUCUAUCUAUCUCAUUCUGUUUAUAUCUAUCUAUCUAUCUAUCUAUCUAUCUAUCUAUCUAUCUAUCUAUCUAUCUAUCUCAUUCUGUUCAUUUCUAUCUAUCUCAUUCUGUUCAUUUCUAUCUAUCUAUCUAUCUCAUUCUGUUCACAUCUAUCUAUCUAUCUAUCUAUCUAUCUAUCUAUCUCAGCCUGUUCCUAUCUAUCUAUCUCAUUAUGUUCGUUUCUAUCUAUCUAUCUAUCUCAGUCUCUCAUCUAUCUAUCUAUCUAUCUAUCUAUCUAUCUAUCUUAUUAUUAUUAUUAUUAUUAUUAUUUCUUUCUUGGAAACCCUUUAUAUAUUUCUUUUCCUUUUAUGGUUCUCUUCAUAUCUAUUUCUCUCUCUCUCUCUCUCUCUCUCUCUCUCUCUCUCUUUUCCUGGCACGCACACAUGUGUACGGAAUUAAUUGUACCAAAUUCAAAACUCUAUCUAUCUAUCUAUCUAUCUAUCUAUCUAUCUAUCUAUUUGAGACUUUUCAUAUCUAUUUCUGUUUCUCUGACUAUCUCUCUUUCUUGGCACGCACACGUGUACGGAAUUAA